AUGUCCAAUCGCCAGAAGAAGCAGCUUCUGCUGUCAGAGGUCGAGCUUCUCUAUGUGAAAUCCAAAGUCUAUUUACAUCCAACCACUUCCAAAAGAGACAACAUCGUCGGGUUUCUUUCCCUAUCGAGGGGCCCCAACUCCACCAACAAGGAUAUCCUCCUAUCUUUCACUCCAGAAAACCAAUUGUCCCUGGAAGAAAUCAAACAGUACAAUGCGGUUGACGUGGGUGAUAUUUCAUUAGAUUUGCAGACAUUGAGUCUCGGUGGCACCACGAAUGCCAACUCCAAGGCCUCCUCCACCAGUAUUGAUAGGGCCAGAGUGGUUCCCAAGCCCCACACUUCGGUAUUGUCAGGGUAUUCCUUCAGUACAAAUCUUUCUUUUAUCUACUCCAUUCAGGUCCGCAAGCCUUCAUCUGGGUUCUGGUUUGGUUCUGUGGUGAUCAACACCAAGGAUGGCGAAAAGCUCCCUAUUGUGUUCUUUCAUGACAACGAAUCGCCAUCAACAUUGAAAAACCAAAAGGUUUUGAACCAACGAAUGGAUCCAUUUGGUGAGGAUGGUGAAGUGUACUGGGGUGGAAGGGACUUCAUGGGUGCGUUGCAAAAGUUCAUAAACACCGAAAGAUCUACAAUCGAACCUUCGGUUUACUUGGUUAACCCUGACUCAACCGACUUGCGCAACUUUGCUCCUUUCAAGGAUAAGAAUGCUCCUGUGAAAAAGGAGGAGCCUUUCAAGUUACCGGAGGUAAACAAAUUCUUAGCAGCUGCAAAAUGGAAGGUUUUGGAAACCGUGGCUACAUUUUCAGCAAAGGCUAAAAAUCAAGUAUUGGAUAUGGUGGACGAACAUGCCCCAACUCCAAUCAAACAAAUCAUUAGCCAACCUGAAGUUCAAAAAAUUGGGGAAGAUUUUGAUAGUGCCAGAGUAUACUUAGCUAAAUGGGCACAGCAAGUAAAAGAUGAAGCCGAACAGAGCCAAAAGAAAUUUAUGUUGGAUGAUGAUAUCUACAACAAAAUCAACAAGGAACUAGGAUCAAGUGAGUUGCUUACAAGCCAGGAAAUCAAUAAAACUUCGAGACGUAACGAAAUAACCAAAGUUGAAUGGGAGUCAUUUUUUGAUUACUCUGGAAGAUUAUCAUUGACUGUUAACGAAGUGAAAAGUCGCAUAUUCCAUGGCGGAGUUAGCGACUCAGUUAGAGGUGAGGUUUGGUUGUUUUUGUUAGAAGUCUACCCUUGGGAUUCUUCUGCUGAAGAAAGACAAGUUUUGGUUGAGAGUUACGAAACCGCUUACGAAGAAUUAAAAUUGAAAUGGGUAAAUGACGAGGAAAAAAGACAAACCGACUACUGGAAAGAUCAGAAGCAUAGAAUCGAGAAGGACAUUCAAAGAACAGAUAGAAAUUUGCCUAUUUUCCAGAACCAAAAGAAGCGCAGGGUAACUGUGACCAGUAUGGGAAGUAACGUUUUACCAACAACCAGAGAGUCUUCACCAGAGACUCCAGACGAAGAUGAAGCUAAUGAUGACGAUGAGUACGAUGUAUCCAAUAUCACCAAUCCUCAUUUGUAUAAAAUGAGGGAAAUCUUAAUCACCUACAACGAGUACAAUGAGAACUUGGGGUACGUUCAAGGAAUGACCGACUUGCUUUCUCCUUUGUAUGUGAAGUUUCAACAUGAGGCUUUGACGUUCUGGGCGUUCACUAAAUUCAUGGACAGGAUGGAAAGAAAUUUUGUUAGAGACCAAUCGGGUAUGAAGAAGCAAAUGACGACCUUGAACAAGCUUUUGCAAUUCAUGUUGCCCAACUUGUACAAACACUUGGAAAAAUGUGAAUCCAUUGACCUUUUCUUUUUCUUCCGGAUGCUCUUGGUCUGGUUCAAACGCGAAUUGGAGUGGGACCAAGUAUUGCGAUUAUGGGAGAUCUUAUGGACAGAUUACUACACAAGUCAGCACCAUUUGUUCUUUGCAUUGGCCAUUUUGAGUGACAAUGAGAGAAUUAUCGUGCAAAACUUGACUCGUUUUGACGAGGUAUUGAAGUACAUGAACGACUUGAGCAUGAAGUUACAUUUGAAUCCGUUGUUGAUCCGGAGUGAGCUCUUAUUUUUGAAGUUCAAGAGAAUGAUCGAUAUUAUUGACCGCGAGAAUUCUUUGAAAAAGGUGGAUCACACUCGAGCUAGUGUGACCAACGAUGGAAUCAUCGAAAUUGGUGAGGAAUUGAGAGGUUUGUUACGCAAAGAGGUGGUCAUCCAGAAGGAGGUCACCAGAGAGGAGGGCAUGGGAGGAGGCUAG